UCCCCGCAGCCGCCGCCGCCGCCGCAGCCGCCGCCUGGGCCGCCCCGUGUCCCCGGUGGAGCUGCUGCCGCCGCCGCCGGGAGCUCGAUGCGGACGGAGCCCGGGCCGGGCCAUGGGGAUCCUCAGCAUCACGGACCAGCCGCCCCUGGUCCAGGCCAUCUUUAGUCGAGAUGUGGAGGAAGUGCGUUCCCUCCUCUCACAGAAGGAGAACAUCAAUGUGCUGGACCAAGAGAGGCGAACCCCACUGCAUGCUGCUGCCUACGUAGGCGAUGUCCCCAUCCUCCAGUUGCUACUGAUGUCAGGUGCUAAUGUCAACGCUAAGGACACACUGUGGCUGACCCCUCUUCAUCGUGCUGCUGCCUCCCGAAACGAGAAGGUGCUGGGGCUGCUGCUGGCACAUUCAGCAGAUGUGAAUGCCCGGGACAAGCUGUGGCAGACACCACUGCAUGUGGCUGCUGCCAACCGGGCCACCAAGUGUGCUGAGGCUCUGGCACCCCUGUUGAGCAGCCUCAACGUGGCUGACAGGAGCGGGCGCAGUGCUCUGCACCAUGCAGUGCAUAGUGGGCAUCUUGAGACGGUGAACCUGCUCCUCAACAAAGGAGCCAGCCUAAAUGUCUGUGACAAAAAGGAGCGGCAGCCUCUGCACUGGGCAGCUUUUCUAGGGCAUUUGGAGGUCCUGAAACUGCUGGUGGCACGGGGAGCAGACCUUGGCUGUAAGGACCGCAAGGGCUAUGGACUGCUCCAUACAGCCGCUGCUAGUGGCCAGAUUGAAGUGGUGAAGUACCUGCUUCGGAUGGGGGCUGAGAUUGAUGAGCCCAACGCUUUUGGAAACACAGCUUUGCACAUCGCCUGCUACCUGGGCCAGGAUGCUGUGGCUAUUGAGCUGGUGAAUGCAGGAGCCAAUGUCAACCAGCCAAAUGACAAGGGCUUCACACCACUGCAUGUGGCUGCAGUCUCCACCAAUGGCGCGCUCUGCUUGGAGCUGUUGGUCAAUAACGGGGCUGAUGUCAACUACCAGAGCAAAGAAGGGAAAAGUCCUCUGCACAUGGCUGCAAUCCAUGGCCGUUUCACGCGCUCCCAGAUCCUCAUCCAGAAUGGCAGCGAGAUUGAUUGUGCUGACAAAUUUGGGAACACGCCACUGCAUGUGGCUGCUCGCUAUGGACACGAGCUGCUCAUCAGCACCCUCAUGACCAAUGGCGCGGAUACCGCCCGGCGUGGCAUCCAUGACAUGUUCCCUCUGCACUUAGCCGUCCUCUUUGGAUUCUCUGACUGUUGUCGUAAGCUGCUUUCCUCAGGUCAGCUGUACAGCAUUGUAUCUUCACUCAGCAAUGAGCAUGUGCUUUCAGCUGGGUUUGACAUCAAUACACCUGACAACCUUGGCCGCACCUGUCUUCAUGCUGCUGCUUCUGGAGGGAAUGUUGAAUGUCUUAAUUUGCUGUUGAGCAGUGGAGCUGACUUGAGGAGGAGAGACAAAUUUGGAAGGACCCCACUGCACUAUGCAGCCGCCAACGGUAGCUACCAGUGUGCAGUAACACUGGUGACUGCUGGGGCAGGCGUCAACGAGGCUGACUGUAAAGGUUGCUCUCCCCUGCACUAUGCUGCCGCCUCCGACACUUAUAGGAGAGCGGAACCCCACACACCUUCCAGCCACGACGCUGAAGAGGACGAGCCACUGAAGGAGUCCCGCAGGAAGGAGGCUUUCUUCUGUCUGGAGUUCUUACUGGAUAACGGUGCAGACCCCUCCCUGCGGGACAGGCAGGGCUACACAGCUGUGCACUAUGCAGCCGCCUAUGGCAACAGACAGAACCUCGAAUUGCUCUUAGAAAUGUCCUUUAACUGCCUGGAGGAUGUGGAGAGCACCAUUCCAGUCAGCCCUUUGCACUUAGCUGCCUACAACGGUCACUGUGAAGCCCUGAAGACGCUGGCUGAGACGCUGGUGAACCUGGAUGUAAGGGACCACAAGGGCCGGACCGCGCUCUUCCUGGCCACUGAGCGAGGCUCUACUGAGUGUGUGGAGGUGCUUACGGCCCAUGGCGCCUCUGCCCUCAUCAAAGAGCGCAAGCGCAAGUGGACGCCCCUGCACGCUGCUGCUGCCUCUGGCCACACUGAUUCCCUGCACUUGCUGAUAGACAGUGGAGAACGAGCUGACAUCACAGAUGUCAUGGAUGCCUAUGGACAAACCCCACUGAUGUUGGCUAUCAUGAAUGGCCACGUGGACUGUGUACAUCUGCUGCUAGAGAAAGGAUCCACAGCUGAUGCUGCUGACCUCCGGGGCCGCACUGCCCUCCACCGUGGGGCAGUGACUGGCUGUGAGGACUGCCUGGCUGCCCUGCUGGACCAUGAUGCGUUUGUACUAUGCCGAGACUUUAAGGGCCGCACACCCAUUCACCUGGCCUCAGCCUGUGGCCACACUGCAGUACUGCGGACCCUGCUGCAGGCUGCCCUUUCCACAGACCCCCUGGAUGCCGGGGUGGAUUACAGCGGAUACUCGCCCAUGCACUGGGCCUCCUACACUGGACAUGAAGAUUGUCUGGAGUUGUUACUUGAACACAGCCCGUUUUCAUACCUGGAAGGAAACCCCUUCACUCCUUUGCACUGUGCAGUAAUUAAUAACCAGGACAGCACUACAGAGAUGCUGUUGGGAGCUCUGGGUGCCAAGAUUGUGAACAGCCGUGAUGCCAAAGGACGGACCCCUCUUCACGCCGCUGCCUUCGCGGAUAAUGUCUCUGGACUCCGGAUGCUGUUGCAGCACCAAGCCGAGGUGAACGCCACUGACCACACUGGCCGCACUGCGCUCAUGACGGCAGCUGAGAAUGGGCAGACUGCUGCUGUGGAAUUUCUGCUGUAUCGAGGAAAGGCAGACCUUACUGUGUUGGAUGAGAACAAGAACACGGCCCUUCACUUAGCUUGUAGCAAGGGCCAUGAGAAAUGUGCCCUCAUGAUCCUGGCAGAAACCCAAGACCUUGGCCUUAUCAAUGCUACCAACAGUGCGCUGCAGAUGCCACUUCACAUUGCUGCCCGGAAUGGUCUAGCUUCUGUGGUGCAGGCCUUGCUGAGUCGUGGGGCCACAGUGCUGGCUGUAGAUGAAGAAGGUCACACCCCAGCACUGGCCUGUGCCCCCAACAAGGACGUGGCAGACUGCCUGGCCUUGAUCCUUUCCACCAUGAAGCCUUUCCCACCCAAGGACGCCGUCAGUCCUUUCAGCUUCAGCCUGCUCAAGAACUGCGGCAUCGCAGCUGCCAAGACGGUGGGUGGCUGCGGUGCCCUGCCCCAUGGGGCCUCCUGCCCCUACAGCCAGGAGCGGCAUGGCGCCAUUGGGUUAGAUGGCUGCUACUCUGAGUAGGCCCCUUCCAGUGUCCCUCCCCCUGCCGGUGGCUUGAUAUCUUAUUCUAUUUAUUUAGAAAAAGUCUAAACAUUUAGGGCACUUUAAAGGAGAACACGACUGGGUGGAGGGGGCGGAGGGGGAAAAAGAAGCACUGGGGAGCAGUUGCUCACCCCUUUGCCACACCAUCCUGGCCUGGCAGGGGUCUGGGACCGACAGGGAGCACCCCAGGCCCUUGGUACCCCCAGGGCAACCCCUCUGCCAAGUGUCCCAAAAUGAUUGCUAAAUGCCUGGCUCCCCCUCUCUUGACUCCAUCUCUCAGUUCCCCCUUCUGCUGCCAGCUCCUCCCACUCUUCCCUCUGACUCUCCUCUCUGUGUCCCCUUUUCCCCAGACCCCUACUGCCAGGCAGAACCCAUCCUUCUCUCCCAUACCCAUCACUGCCUCCCUGCUCGGCCGGCCCCUCCAUCCCCGCAGCAGUGAGAAGCCUUAAUUUCUGGUACUGUGUGAGCACUCUGGGGGUAUCCCCCUCCCCCUUCAGGGGCAGCUAGAGGAUGAGGGGGGAGGGUAUUUAGCACUGGGGCCUGAAGCUUUUCCCCCACUUCUGUACCCUAUCGCCCCUAAAGUUCAAAUGCAAAACACUUGAAGCAGCAACUACUGUACCUGGGCCCCAAUCCUGUACUCUCCCCUGGCUCCUCAUAUGCAAAUCAAGGGCUGGUUCUGCCCCCGCAGCCUGCCCCAUCCCUCUUCCCUCUCACUCCUGGCCUGGCCCCCUAACCACGCACUUUAACCUUGCUUCUUUUAACUUCUUUUGGAAGGGCAGAGCCUGUGGCCAUUCCCUCCCUGGCUCUCCUCUCCCUGAACUUUGAGGCUUGUCAUGAAUUUUUAAGUAAGCAUUUUAUCCUUUAGGGGAAGAAACAAAUUAAUUUCCUGCCCAUUUCAAAACCACAGUCCUAGUAUGUCCUUUGUGUUUCCGGCAUGUGUUUGCAUGUAUUUGGAGAGGGGGACCAUGUUCUUUUUCCCGUGCCCCCCAGUCCCAUAGUUCCUCUGUGCCCCUGUCUGCCUCCACCUUCCGUUAUGUCUGACAGUACCCACUGCCCCUAGUCACUCCUGAUCUGAAGCCAAAGAUGGUGGGAGGGGCAGGGUAGACAGGGACGGUGGCUACUUGGGACCCAGGCUUCCCCUCCAGUGUGAGGAGGAAACUGAUCUAAGGAGAGAUGAAUAGAUACUGAAGCUUGGUCCCUGCCCUCCCAGCAAGGGGGAGAGAUGGGAUUGAGCUAGGGGCUGCACUGAUAAGAUUUCUGAAAGUCGCAUCCCAAAGCCAAACUGGGCUGGAGUGAGAAGGGGGCAGUUUUCUCUAAAUGUAGCAUUGAAUUUGGCCCUGGUCCCUUUAAAUGCUCUGUCCAUCCAUCUCCUGGUUAAUCCUCCUGGACAGUUGGACCCACUCCUGUAGCCCAUUGUUCCCUUCCUCACACUCAAUACCUCAGCCAGGGGCCAAGACACAGAACUUGAAUAGAGGUCAUGCCCCCUUCCCCUACAGUGCAUCCUUGCCCAGUUUGGCUGCCAUCAGUAUUGUCCCCUGAAAACUGGACAGGCUUCGUUUACACAGUACAAGGUCUCCCCCUGGGGGAUCCCUUGGCCUCCUUCCCCCACUCAAGUUUGCUUUAUUCACAGUCUUACCCAUUUUUCAGUUGUGUCCCUGAAUGUCUUGCCACCCUUGCCAAGGGUAGGCUGAGGGGAGAGGGGCAUCCCAGGGAUCCCUCCCUCCCUGACAGAGACCCUUAAUCAUACCUCAUGCUGGUUCCCUGAAGCCUGGGGUGUUUGUCAAGUCCUUAUUGUUUUCAUGGUCCCUUUCUAUCCCCUAUCUCUGUGUCUUGCUUCUCCCAACCCCCAGUUCCUAAACCAUUUCAAGGCUUCCAAAUGACCAUGUAUUGGUGAGAAGGUUUGUGCAGCUUUUAGUUCUUAUUUUUGUUUUCAAAGCCAAAGGGCCUUGCGAUGCCCCUCUUGCCCACCUCCCUUCACACCUUGUCCUCCCCUUUACGACAAUCAAUGUGACCUCUCUUAAGGGCUGCAGCCCCCAUCCCCCACCCUGCUGGUUCUGCAAAGCUUGCCCCUAACUUUAGUUCUCUCUCCUAAAAUAUUCCCAUUCCACCCCACCUUCUCAUCUUGGUGCUGGGAAUUAGGUGGUGAGGGGCAAGGGGAGCAGGGAGAUGGGUCCUCCGGAGAAGAGACUCGGGGUAUCAGUCGUGUUCUCCUUUAUUAAUGUUUGGCGAUGACAGGAAGAGUCUGAGUAUUUGUCAGGAGCCCCAUUGUCUUGCUAGAUGAGAUUUCUGGUGGCUGUCUGUUCCCUGCUGCCCCUCAGCACACCGUCAGCAGUGCUGGGGAAGGUGGUGGGGAGUCCUCUGUCCUUCCUCAUGUGGCUGUGAGGAGGCUUGGGGACAAGCAGCCUCCUCUCCUUAUGCCAAAGGAAACCCCACACCUCACCCUGGGCUCCCCAGCCCCUAGUGUUUUUUUGAAGCAUUUUGACCAUUCUCAUGGCCACUGCAUAUUUAUUUUAAUAUUAAGAUUUUUUUCUUUUAAACCUCUUUGACUUAAACGGGUGUGGUGAAGUAAAACAGGCAGAAUGCCCCCCAAUCUUAAGGGGGUAGGGUCAGGAGGGAACAUCUCCUUCCCUUCGCCCACCUUCUUCCCCUCCCCCUCCCCACCACAGCUCUAAAGCACUUGCUUCAAGUAAUAAGCACUUUUGUGAAAAGGCCUAUUUUAAGUGAGGACCCUGGGAGCAGCCCAGGUCCCAGCAAAGGAGACAGAGCGAGGGCUACAUAGGAGACAGGGAAACAGAUGUGUGAAUCAGAGGGCGAGAUGAAAAGAGCCAGUUUUUAGUUUCUGAUUUUUGGGGGGAUGUUUCUGAUUGGGCGGUGGCUUUGGUAGGGUUGUGUACUAUCCUUCAGAAAAACAAACGGCACAAACUGUGGGUCCUAGGAUGGACCAACAGACCCGAGUCACUGCCACUGUCCAGCUGAGACUGAUGGGCCACCUCCCCUGCCCCGUGGCCCCCUGAGCCAUAGGACUGCUAAAAACCACUGAAUGUACAGCCCAGGUUGGGGUGGGGAGCAGCCCCUGGGGGAGGGGGCUUCUCCUUUUGUUUGGUGCUGUGGGGGGUGGGAAAGAUGAGACUGAGGGACUGCCACCCCAUGUAGACGUGUUCCUUGGGAUGGAGGGGCUGAGGAGGGCCUUCCUCCCUCUCCAACCCCAGUCGUGGCCCCUCUUCCUUCCUCACCCUAUCCGUUUUGACUGUAAGUCCAGCUCACCUUUGCCUUCAAUAUGUAACCAAAGGAAAACUCAA